AUGGCGGACGUCGCGGACAUCCUAGCCGCCAACAAAACGCGGGUGGCCUUGGGUAUGGAACCGCUUCCUGUCCCUGGUGCCACAAGCAGCCGCCCCGAUGCCAAAGAUGAUCAACGAACCUCCCCUGCCAGCGACAACGAUGAUACAGACGAGCCUCGAAGCACCAUUGAAACCCGACAGGCCGCCAGCCAUGAAAACUGGAAGAAGUACCACCAGGAGGCAACCGCCAAGAUCCGUCGCGACCAGAGACACGCCGCUAUCAAGAAGGCACGCGAAAUCGCCGACCGCGAAAGGCAGCUCGUGGGACGUACGCUCGGUGAAUCUGAGGGAGCCGAUCUCGAUACAGAUACAUGGUUGUCGCAACUCAACAAACGCUCGAAGAAAGCCGAGAAGGCGUGGGCGCGUAAAUUUGCUCAGGAACAGGAAGAGAUGGAAAAGGCUGCGGCGGCGCAGUAUACUGCGAAAGACCUGGCGGGGGUCAAAGUUGGGCAUGAUCUGGGCGACUUCGAAGGUGAAGAGGAACAUAUUCUUACUCUCAAAGAUACUAUGGUGGGUGACGAGGAGGACGACGAGCUUGAAAACACAGAGCUGGUCGACAAAGCAAAGACCGCCGAGAGGCUUGAACUGAAGAAGAAGAAGCCUGUCUACGAUCCCACGGCCGAGUACCAAGGUAUUCUCUCGCACUACGAUGAAGAAAUUGAAGGUAAAAAGCGGAAGCUGUUUACUUUAGAUGCCAAGGGGUCAUCGGCCGCGGAGCGCAGUGCCAAGAAGCAGCAGAUUUCACAGCAGCUGCGGAUGGGUGCUGUCAGUCUUGACUUUGAACCGGAAGCUCCCUCCUCCGACUACAAGGACAUCAGCGAGAUCAAAAUCAAGAAGCCAAAGAAGACGAAGAACCGGGUUUUGAAGAAACGCGCUACCAUCGACGAGGAGGACCUCUUCCCAGGCGAAGCAGCCAAAGGGGGUGGCGCCAUGGAUAUUGACUCGGCGAGCGGAGUCCCGGCACCUGCGAAGAAACCUAUCGAACAGAACAUCUCUUUUGUGGACGAUGACGACCUGCAAGCAUCUCUUGCGGCCCAGCGACAGGCCGCCUUGAAGAAGCGCAAGAAGAUGGGUGUUGAGGAAAUCGCCCGGCGAAUUCGGGAAGAGCAGUCGCAGACCCCAAUGGAGGUGGAGGAUGGCGAAGAGAAUACCGCCGAGUCUGGAAUAAUCCUCGACGAUACUGAGAAUUUCGUCGAUCGUCUAGACAAUCUUGGUCCUGAAGAGCGACCCAAGCGCGCCACUUCUCGAAAGCCUUCUGAAGCCCGCGAUGACGAGGACGAGGACGAUCAAACGGCAGAUGUGGAUAUGGAGCGCUCUUACAACGACGUUGAAUCAGGCGACGACUCCCAGGAGCGCGUCCGCCACGGAUCCGAGCAGGCCAACCCCAAACUCAGUGUAACAGGACUGGAAGAAGAAGCCUCGUUGGACCGAGGUCUGGGCGCCACUCUCGCCAUGCUCCGACAGCGUGGCAUAGUCAAAACCCCCGCUUCCAGCGACGCCACCGCUCUCACUCGCAGCCGCCAGGAAUUCGUCCACAAGAAGCACCUCUUGGAAGAAGAGGCCGAGCGCCGUGCCCGACAACAGCGUGAGAGGGAUCGUAACUCGGGGCGGUUGGCUGGAAUGUCUGCGCGUGAGCGUGAGGAGCAUGCCCGCCGCGAGAACCAGCAGCGUGAACUGCAGGACGCCCGCCAGAUUGCCGAGGCUUUUAACCGCGAGUACAAACCUGAUGUACAGCUCAAAUACGUCGAUGAGUUCGGUCGCUCGAUGAACCAGAAGGAGGCAUUCAAGCAACUUAGCCACCAGUUCCACGGCAAGGGUAGCGGGAAAAUGAAGACGGAGAAGCGGCUCAAGAAGAUCGAAGACGAGAAGAAGCGAGAGGCUAUGAGUACCGUGGACAGCAGUCAAAAUACCGGCAUGUCGAGUGCUUUAGGCGAUCAGGCACGAAAGACCGGCCAAGCUGGUGUGCGUCUGGGUUGA